CCCAGCCUCCUCCUGCCCCUCCUCCAGCCCCGGUGGAGCUGAGGGGCGGAGCGAACGGUCAAUGGCUGGGAGCGGGCUGGGAGCUGCUGGGCGACCGCGGUGGAUUCCAGAAGCGCGGCGGCCUGGUUAGGGGGCUGGCAUGGCCGCGUGCUGGUGAGCGCUGACUGCGCGAGGGGCCAGCUGCCACCAUGCCCCGGGGCGUGGGCAUCGCCCAGCUCUGCCUGCUGGUGCUCGCCCUGCCUGGAUGGACCAGAAGAGGAAGUGGGGAAGGCAGCCCCCAGCUGCAGCAUGAACUGAUAAUACCUCAGUGGAAGACUGCAGAAAGCCCCAUAAGAGAAAAGCAUCCACUCAAAGCGGAGCUCAGGGUGAUGGCUGAGGGGCGAGAGCUGAUCCUGGACCUGGAGAAGAAUGAGCACCUUUUUGCUCCAGCCUACACAGAAACGCGUUACACUCCAAGUGGCGACGCUCAAACCACCACCCUGAAAUCCGAGGAUCACUGCUUUUACCACGGGACAGUGAGGAAGGCGGAGCAGUCCAGUGUCAUGCUAAGCACCUGCCGGGGAAUGAGAGGACUGAUUAUAGUGAGCAGUAACCUCAGCUAUAUCAUCGAGCCCCUUCCUGACAGCCAGAGCCACCACCGUAUUUACAGAUCUGAACAUCUCAAGCUGCCUCUCGGGAACUGUGGAUUCGAGCCCACUACCAGGGACUGGGUCCCCCAGUUUACAAACCAGACCAAAAAGCGACCUCGCAGGAUGAAAAGGGAAGAUUUACACUCCAUGAAGUAUGUGGAGCUUUACCUUGUGGCUGAUUAUGCAGAGUUUCAGAAGAACGGACUGGACCAAGAUGCCACCAAACACAAGCUUAUGGAGAUCGCCAAUUACGUUGAUAAGUUUUACCGAUCCUUGAAUAUCCGGAUUGCCCUCGUGGGCUUGGAAGUGUGGACUCAUGGGAACAUGUGUGAAGUUUCAGAGAAUCCGUACUCUACCCUCUGGUCAUUUCUAAGCUGGAGGCGCAAGCUGCUCACCCGGAAGAACCAUGACAAUGCACAGUUAAUCACGGGCAUGUCCUUUCAUGGCACCACCAUUGGCCUGGCUCCCCUCAUGGCCAUGUGCUCCGUGUACCAGUCUGGAGGAGUCAACAUGGACCACUCUGAGAAUGCCAUCGGCGUGGCCGCCACCAUGGCCCACGAGAUGGGUCACAACUUCGGCAUGAGCCACGAUUCCGCGGAUUGUUGCUCAGCCAGCGCGGCUGACGGUGGGUGCAUCAUGGCUGCUGCCACCGGGCACCCCUUUCCCAGAGUGUUCAACAGAUGCAACAGGAGGGAGCUGGACAGGUAUCUGCAGUCAGGCGGGGGGAUGUGUCUCUCCAACAUGCCAGACACCAGGACGCUGUAUGGAGGCCGGAGAUGCGGAAAUGGGUACCUGGAAGAUGGGGAAGAGUGUGACUGUGGGGAGGAGGAGGAAUGCGAGAACCCCUGCUGCAAUGCCGCUAACUGCACCCUGAGAGAGGGGGCCGAGUGUGCGCACGGCUCCUGCUGUCACCGCUGUAAGCUGUUGGCCCCGGGCACACUGUGCCGUGAACAGGCACGGCAGUGCGACCUCCCAGAGUUCUGCACGGGCAAGUCCCCCCAGUGCCCCACCAACUUCUACCAGAUGGACGGCACCCCUUGCGAGGACGGCCAGGCCUACUGCUACAAUGGCAUGUGCCUCACCUACCAGGAGCAGUGCCAGCAGCUGUGGGGCCCUGGAGCCCGGCCUGCUCCUGAUCUCUGCUUCGAGAAGGUGAAUGUGGCAGGGGACACCUUUGGAAACUGUGGGAAGGACAUGAAUGGGAAACACAAGAAGUGCAACAUGAGAGAUGCCAAGUGUGGCAAGAUCCAGUGUCAGAGUUCCGAGGCCCGGCCCCUGGAGUCUAAUGCAGUGCCCAUCGACACCGUCAUUGUGAUAAAUGGAAGGCAGAUCCGAUGUCGGGGCACCCACGUCUAUCGAGGUCCCGAGGAGGAGGGUGACAUGCUGGACCCCGGCCUGGUGAUGACUGGGACCAAGUGUGGCCAUAACCACAUUUGCUUUGAGGGGCAGUGCAGGAACACCUCAUUCUUUGAAAUGGAAGGCUGUGCGAAGAAGUGCAACGGCCAUGGGGUCUGCAACAACAACCAGAACUGCCACUGUUUCCGGGGCUGGGCCCCACCCUUCUGCAACACGCCGGGCCAAGGGGGCAGCAUCGACAGCGGGCCCAUGCCCCCCGAGAGCGCUGGUCCUGUGGUCGCCGGAGUGUUUUCAGCCAUCUUUGUGCUGGUGGCCCUGAUCAUGAUGUAUCGCUGCUGUAAACAGAACAACAAACUGGGCUACCUCAAGUCCUUAGCCCUCCCUUCCAAGCUGAGGCAACAGUUCAGUUGUCCCUUCAGGGUGUCUCAGAACAGUGGAACAGGCCAUGCCAACCCGACGUUCAAGUUGCAGACACCCCAGGGCAGGCGAAAGGUGACCAACACUCCUGAAACCCUGCGGAAGCCCUCCCAGCCUCCUCCCCGGCCCCCUCCAGACUACCUGCAUAGCAUGUCACCACCUGCGCCAUCGCCAGCACACCUCAGCAAGGCUGCUAGAAACUCCCCAGGGCCCAGACCAUCAGUAGAGAGGAAAGAAUCAUCCAGGGGACCGCCCCCAAGCCGGCCAGUGCCCCCCGCCCCUAAGUGCAUCCUCUCCCAGGAUCUCUCCAGGCCUCGGCCGCCGCAGAAGGCGCUCCCGGCUAACCCAGUGCCAGGCCGCAAGAACCUCCCUAGGCCGAGCGGCGCCUCCAUCCUGCGGCCCCCUCCCUCCGGCCCUCCGCAGACCCGGCCCCUGGUGGCACCUGCCCCAAAGUUUCCUGAAUACAGAUCACAGAGGGCUGUGGGGAUGACUAGCUCGAAAAUCUAGACUCGUCUAAAGGGGCUUCUCCCUUCCCUUGAGGACUUUGAAUACCACAGAGGAGCCGUUAGCCAUGGGCUCUGGAAGAAGCAUGUCUGGCCGCCUCCGAGCUCCUCCUCCCCAGCUCUCCUCCUCCCCAGCUCUCCUCCUCCUGGAACCAGCGCAUCUCUGAAAAUCUCCUUCUCGACUCAGUGCCUCCUCGGCCUCCUCAGGGGCCCAGAGUGACUACUACCCCACAGCAUCCAAGUGUUGUUUGUGCAAUAUCCAGCCCCAGGUAGGAACAGGAAAGCAGAGGAGGACGAAUGGCUGCUUCUCCCCCAUCCACCCUCCAGCUGGGCCGUCCCCCCAGAGGUGCCAGUCCAGCUGGUGGUGGUCCGAGCUGGAGCCCAGCUGGGAAGCUGGUUUCGACCUUCAGGCCAGGACUCAGCUUGGAGAAGCCAUCCAUCCUCGUCUGGGUACAUGUGAGAGCUUUCUAUUGCUUCUGUCUUCCUCCAUGGUCCCAGGCUGGCUGGAGGCGGGCACUUAGCCUCCCUUUUAGCUCUGGGAUCGAGGGGUCCCUCCCACUGCCCAGGGCAUGGUCAAGGUCAUAACUCCUGGCUCAGUGGUCACAUGUGAACAAAUCAAGUCUUCUCCUUACCACCCCUCACCACCCCCAAACCCCUACCUCCCCAUAUUCCCACGGGUCACUCUGACUCAGACAGGUACUAUUUGUAGGUGUUUAGACAGCAGGGGGAGCAUAGCCUGGGCCCCUCUGAGCCGUCAAGCCAAAGGUCGCCAUCCGCUUGCCAUGAUUCUUGCUUGCUCUGUUUUCUCUUUUCUGCACUUUGCAAGUGCCUCAUGCUUUUAAUUUCUUUCCCUGCUUGGACCUGCCCAAUGUGUGGUGCUGUGGAAUGCGAUUCCCCAGCAGUCCCGACUUCCUGGGACCUGGUGCUGUGACUUGCAGGUCAGGGUUCUGCCUGACGGUUGGCCCCGGGAUUUCCUGGUUUCUCGAGAGUGAUGACUGGCAUGGCCUUGGGCCAUGGCUCUGAGCUCCUAGCUUUACUGUCCAUGGUUUUGUGACCUCAGCAGAGCGCAGGUCUUCCUCUCCCUGCCCUGAAUCUGAGCAUGGUCCUCAGGGACGGCGGCAGGUGUAGGGAAGGGAGCGGAUGUCCUGGGAACCGCAUCUAUCCCCAGGCUGAUCAGCGACGAGACAGGACUGUUGUCCUUUGAGCAGAGAGCAGACCUGUAGAGCUCCCUAGAGAAGCAGCCUUGAUGGAGUCUGUGCUGGGACCAGCGAGACGAUUCCUCAUCCACUUCCUUGUGCUCUUUCCUCUGGUCCUGUCCUCCCCACAGGGAGGGGGGCUGUGCGGUGCUCUGCAGGCUGGGACAAUUGUCAGAGUCACCGGCGAGGUUCUCUGGGACUGUCUCCCACCCCAGAAAGGUGCUGGGCAUCUGGGGGCUGCCCACCUCCUGCAAUGAACAGAUGUUUGCUCUUGAAAACCUCAGUUCAAGGAAGAGGCUUGAGUUCUCACCCCCAACCACUAGCCCAGGGCCCCAUUCUAGCUCUCCAUACACAAUGGGUGCUUAAUUGAUGUUCUGGGUUUGGAGACAAGUGGGAGAUUUGGGCUGUGCACCUGGUGGACUCUUGGGGUACAUUUAGAAAGAGCUCAGGAAAUGAAGUUCUCCUCCCUCAGGUAGUUAGGUAGUUGUGAUGUUGGUGAUAUUCACACCUCUGUCUUGCUGACAAGGGUCCUGGUUGCUCCCCACACCCAAUGUCCAUCAUCCUCACUUCCUGGUGGGGUCAGGGGACAGCCUUCCAUUUAAGCAUGCUACUCUAGAUGCCCCAGGCCUCAUGGCUGGGUCACAGAAAAUGAAAGGCUAAAACACUUCCCCCACCAAAAUCACCCUUAAGCCCAACCCCAUGCCUCACCAAUGAUCCUGUGGUUCCGUCCAGCUUUCCUCCCCCACAUCAGGAGGUGGAAGGCUCUGAGCUGUGAGCCUCUUGAAUCUGAAAUCCACCCUCCCUGGAACCAAACCGGAAAGAGACCUGGGUUGUUGCUUUCUUGUGUGUUUGUUUUCCAUUAUUUUAGUACCACCUCCAUGUGAUAAAAAUUGUACUGUGAACUGGAAGAUGGUUGAAUUUUUAAAAUCUGGUAAGACUUUUGGCAACCUGUUCUAUUUACUGUUUCUCUCCUGGUUCUGUUCAGGGAGGCAGGAGGCACCAUUCUGGAAGGCCAGGGAGGCUGCCCGGGGGGACAAGACUGGCUCCUGUGGCCCGCUUUUCCCCUCCUGUGUCCAUGUGCUGCUUUGAGGUGACGAAACCCAGUAUGGAUUUAGGGAAGGAAGGACUACUCACAGGGAUUACUGCAAGACUGGGGAAGGGAAUGUUGUCAGGGGCACCGGGCAGUUGCUUUAGGAGAAUGCUCGGGUGAGCUGAGGGGCUGCAAGAUCUGUAAAGCAUCUCACAGCUCAGAAGAGGCCUUUUAUAGGAAGGAGUGAGCAUGGCUGGAAAGAACCACAUUCAGGGACAGACUUUGUGGUCAGCCUUUGGGGGAGGGGCUGAUGCCGACUCUGGCCGAGGGCAAGUCCACGCUCAGGGUCUGAUGGGGAGGAAAGGAGCUUAACUGAGGCUUGGUGGAGUGACUUAACCAGCCUUCUGUUCAGAUGGAGACUAUGUAAAUCUUUUUAGAAGCUAACUUAGCCUCCUACCAGUUUUUCAACCCUAGACUUGUUUUCCUUAAGAGCCUGGAAGGCAUCUCUGAAAUGUAAACCUCAAGGGAUCUCAAGGGAGCUUGCAUUGGCUCUCCUUGUCUCAGCGGGUUUUAGCCCAGGCACUGGGCUCCAGUGGUAACUGCCUACUUACCUUCGGUUCUUUUCAGCCUUGUUUACUUCUCCCUGUAAAAGAAAAGCUCCUUUCUGUCCCAGCUCUGAGAGCCUUGCAGAUCUUACAGCGUCUCGUUGCAGAUCUUACAGUGAUGUCGUAGCCCCAUCCACUAUGGCCAUGACCCCUCUCCAUCUCUUGCUGUAAUCCUUUAGAACAAAGCCUCCUCUUACCCAUGUCAGAAUUUGUUUUUGUGUUUUUUUUUUGGCCAGGGGUAUAGAAGACUCUCAUGUUUUAAAUCGGGGACUGGUUUUAAAGUCAGAGAUUGCAUUAAAUGUAUGUACAACAGCUCUGCAGGACACCCAAGAAAAUCAAGACUAUGCCAACUGGAAUGGUGCCCCACCCCUCCCUAGGGAACCUGGUAAAGGAGAGGAUCUGUAGAAUCCACGCCAAGUGCCCCCAGAGCCACCCACCCUCUCUCACCACCCACUGUGUGUACGUACGUAUGUGUCUGGGAUCCAGGGCAAUGUGAAUUUUCUUUUUAUUUGGGAGAUUGUUCACGGAAAACAGAUCCUCUUUUCUCUCAUUCACCUAUUAAUUGUUUACAAUAUUUGUAUAUCUAUGCAAAAUACUUGAAUAGGCUAUGGUGCCUUUUUUCCUUGUUUGUAUUUAAUUAAAUUGUCAUUUGAAAUGUU